AUGGCUUCACCAAGAACCCGCAGGAAGCUCAACUCUAUCCGAAAUAUCGACGACAAUAACAAAUGUUUCGAGUGUGGCACAUUGAAUCCGCAGUGGGUCUCUGUUACGUAUGGAAUCUGGAUUUGCUUAGAAUGCUCGGGGGUGCACCGCAGUCUAGGAGUUCAUCUUUCAUUUGUUCGAAGUGUCACCAUGGAUAAGUGGAAGGACUUGGAGUUGGAGAAAAUGAUGGUAGGGGGGAACGGGAAAGCUCGAGAUUUUUUCGAGAGUUCGUCGGACUACAAGCCCGGCAUGACAAUACCUCAGAAGUACAACACUAAAGCGGCUGCUAUGUACCGGCAAAAGGUGACCUUAACGAGAAUCAGAUGCUUCUAA